CGGUCGGGGCCGGAAGUGGCGCCAUGGAGGCCUUGAGCGGCGGCGCGAGCCAGCCCGCCUGAGGGGGGAAAAAAAAACCAAAGGCUUGCUGGGCCGGAGGCCUGGUCGCCUCCGUCGCCUCCUUCCCUCCCGGUACCCUCCCCGCCAUGGGGCCUCUGCCUCGCCCCUGGCUACUACGGCAACCUUCGGGCCUUCCUCCCUUCCCUCCGGGCUCUCGAGGCGCCAGGAGGGGAGCCACGGCGGCGGCAGCGGAUCUCUACUGAGGUUAUUAUUUUUUUGCAAAGCCUUGGUGGAUGCAACUGGAGCAGUGAGAUGCCCACGGGCAGCCCUUCUCCUCGGUGUGGCCCUCCCCUGAUGUCAGGCCUGCCAUGACCGCGUUCUUCACCAGUGUUCCCAAUUGGAUUCAAGAUGUCAAGCAGGAAGAGGAGGAGGAGGAGGAGGUGGGCUGGAAACUAGUGGCCAGGCCCAAAGCCCGAGAGAGCGAGUGCCCGGGGAAGUGCCAGUAUGAGCUGUCCGAAGCGUCCUUCCCUGGCGUGGAGAAGCUGAGAGCCAGCCCGGAAGCAAGACCGUACUGCUGCCCUCAGCUGCAUUGCGGCAAGGCCUUCGCCUCCAAGUACAAGCUCUACAGGCACCUGGCCACCCACUCUGCCCAGAAGCCCCACCAAUGCAUGUACUGUGAGAAGAUGUUCCACCGGAAGGACCACCUGCGCAACCACCUCCAGACCCACGACCCCAACAAGGAAUCCCUCCACUGCCCCGAGUGCGGCAAGAACUACAACACCAAGCUGGGCUACCGGCGCCACCUGGCCAUGCACGCGGCGGCCAGCGGCGACCUGAGCUGCAAGGUCUGCCUGCAGAUGUUCGAGAGCACCCAGGCGCUGCUGGAGCACCUCAAGGCCCACUCGCGGCGGCCCUCGGGCAGCGCCAAGGAGAAGAAGCACCCCUGCGACCACUGCGACCGGCGCUUCUACACCCGCAAGGACGUGCGGCGCCACCUGGUGGUGCACACGGGGCGGAAGGACUUCCUGUGCCAGUACUGCGCCCAGCGGUUCGGCCGCAAGGACCACCUGACCCGCCACAUGAAGAAGAGCCACUCGCAGGAGCUGCUGAAGAUCAAGGCGGAACCGGUGGACAUGCUGGGCCUGCUCAGCUGCAGCUCGGCCGUGGCCGUCAAGGAGGAGCUCAGCCCCGUCUUGUGCAUGGCUUCCAGGGAGGUGAUGAGCGGCAAGAGCUUCCCCGGCAUGCUCCCCAUGGGCAUGUACGGGGCGCACGUCCCGGCCAUGCCCGGCUCAGGGAUGCCCCCCUCGCUAGUGCCCAACCCUCUCCCGAUGGGGAUGAGCUACCCGCUGGAGCCCUCCUCCCCUCAGCAGCCUCCCCCGAAGUACCAGCUCGGAUCUACCUCAUACUUCCCCGACAAGAUCCCCAAAGCGGAGAUGGACAGCUGCCUGGCCGAGCUGCCCGGAGGCCUUUCGCUGAUCGCCGGCGAGCCUUCCUCCUCCUCCUCCCCCCCUCAGCCCACCAGCCUGGAGGAGACGCUCCUCUCCAAGAGCCCGGCUCUCCUUUCAGAAGCCCUCUGUGCUGCUAACAUGGAUUUCUCCCACCUGCUGGGCUUCCUGCCCUUGAACCUCCCCUCCUGCAACCCCCCCGUCUCCUCGGGGGGCCUGGUGAUGGGUUAUUCCCAGGGGGAGGCCCAGUCCCUCCUGGCCACUCUGCCGCCCCAGGAGCCCUCCUCGGGAAGCGGGCCCUCGCUCGGCUUCGGGGCGCUGCAUCCCUUGCCCUCGGUCUUCUCCCCGGGCUUGGGGGCCACUACGUUGCCACGUUUCCACCAAGCAUUCCAGUGAGAAGAGCGCUGGGUGGAAGCAGAGCUCCUCCGGGCACGUGGAUCAGUGGCGGUGGGAGGGCGGGGUGGGGUGGAGGGGUUGUUACCUCCAUCGCGCUCGGCUUCGUUGUCUUUCCAGUGAAAAAAGAGGGAGGGGGGAAAAACCUCGAGGGAGGAUUGGAACUGUGUACGCCUCAGUCCUGGACAGGGAAAGUAGGUUGCAGUGAAUAGAAUUUCAGGUAUUCUCUUUUAUUUUUUUCUUUCUUUCUACGUUGUUGGUAAUCAGGAACCGCACGGGAGUUUCUCUCCCCCCCCCCUUGCCCCCCAGCCUUGCUCCAUGGAGCUGAAGCGGAGGCCUCUUCCAGGCCAGGGCCCAACUCACCCCCCCCCCGCCAUGUUGCGUCUCCCUCGGUCGGUGUGGCAGGAAUGUCCGUUUCCCCUCUCCUCUUCCCCCCACCCGCCACUUCCGGCGAUUCCCGCCUGCGCAAAUCGAGACUUCUCCUCCUCCUCCUUGGAGCCAAUGAAUCCCUUCAGGAUCACGUUUACUCUUCGACCGUUUCCCCCCCCACUGUUAUGAAUCAGGUGGUGCCCCAGACGCCGUUCGGGGUCUCGGGCACAGCGAAGGCACUGUUUACACCGUGAAAUUGGCUCGCUCCGGUUUCACCUCACUACUACUACUGCUACUACUAACUCCUCCUUCUUCUUCUUCUUCCAUAUCUUCCCCUGUGGGGAAAUCCAACUGACUGGCAGCAUCUUCCGCCGUUGCCAAUUUAGAGGGUUGGUGGCUGUUGUUAUUAUUCCCGUCCCAGAUCUCUUGAGCAGAUCAGAAGGAUCCUCCCGACAGGAGAGGCUCCCUGUGAUAUCUGGGCUUUUGUUUUCGAAGAGGGCUUCCCAAAAGACGUUAGGGCAGUGAUGGCAAAUCUCUGGCACACGUGCCGGAAGUGCCACGCGGAGCCGUCUCUCCAGGCACACCAGCCCUCGCCCGUUGCUCUUCCAGGUUCUGAUGUGCGCACCAAACAGCUGGCCUUCGCGUGCACGGGAGCGCCGGAAACCAGAAAAUCAGUGUGCGCCGGGAAGCUCAGCUUCCAUUUUCUGGUGCUCCAACAGCUCUUUGCACAUGUAUGUGUGCCAGGAACUGGGAGCUCGGCUUCCCAGUGCACGCGUGCGCACUGGGAAACUGCUCUUCCAGUUUCCGGCAGUCCCUUGUGCACGCGCUCCCGUUUCGGCUCUCGGUGCCAAAAAGGUUCGCCAGAACUGUGUUAGGGUUUUGACUAGAGCAGCCCUCCAUCCAAGGCCUCUUCCUGAAAAGACUUACUGACCAGGAGGGAGGCCCAUCAUCCUGUCCUGCCGAGAUGUCUUUCUUUUUUCCCCCUAUUCCCCCCACCCCCCAAAAAAUCUCCUUGUCCGUUCUAAGACAAAGCACGCCGAUUGAGGGCUGAUCCCGUGUGGCCUUUGGGGGCUCAAGGAAGAUCCUUGGCUCCAGCUUCGUGGUGCCUUUGGCCCAUUUCUGGGUAGUGAGGGUGCAGUUCGCCUUUUCACCAGCAGCACCCGUGCCCCCCCGCGGAGCCCCACCCACCACAUGAGCAGGCCAACCUUGCAGGAAGGAACCGUGGGGAAAACACGCAGAGGUGAGGCAGCUUCGCUUUCGGCUUCUUAGGGGGAGUCCGGUUGCCUUUUUUUUGAGGGGGGGGGGCUGGGUGAGCGGAGGGUGUAACAUCAGCCUCUUCAUUUCCAUGCCCCUUUUUCCUUCCUGCAAGGCUGGUUCCCCCCCCCCCUCUAAGCUCCAGAGCCCCCAUGCUCCCUUUUUAUCCCCCUCCUCAAGGCGCCCAAGCGCUGAGCUUCCAGCCCUCACAAUCUGAACUCGGCACAGAGCAAAAAUAAGAAUCGCCACCCGCAACCUUUGCUUCCCUCAAGAAAGCAAAAGAGAAGCGGGGUGGGGGUGGGGGGCUGCGGAGAUGCCCUCUUGGCUGACCAGGGGCCGUUCCUGGUUGGCUCGCCUUGGCAAGCGAUGGGCCAGUUAGACACGGCGGAAGCGGCAAGAGAGCCACAUCCUCUGAUGCUCUUCCCGUAGUGCAGAGUUCCCCAAACCUAAGUGGCUCCAUGCCAGCAGCUGGCAUGUGUGUGCAUUUGUCACGCGUGACCGCUGUGUGUGAAAAUGAAGCAUGCAUGCACACGCUCGCCCGCUGCUCACGCAAGGGGGGGGCUAUGCACACAUGCUCAGCCGCUGGUUGUGAAUGGCUCAGGUAGCAGGCUGCAGCCCAAGGGUUGGGGGACCCCUGCUGUCUGUCCCUCCUUCAUCCGUUUGCAGGCUUCUUGGCACGUCCCGUUGGUCUUAACCCAGAGACGGCUGAGCCCCCCCAUCUUCCCCGGGGCUGCGGCGUGUCCCCUCGGAAGGAAGGGGUGGCAGGAUUCGCCCCCUGUCUUAGGCAGGAAAGUGAGCCUUACUCAGAAUGUAACCUGUCGCUUAAUUUAACCCUGGGGGGGAUUAAAUAUGGGAAUUACAGUGACUUCCACGUCCCCCCUUCUCGCCCUCAACUCUCCCUUCCCCAGCUUGGGGGGCUCUUGUGCAAGUUACAAAGUUGGCCCCCCUCUCUCUGUCUUCCCCGCAGUCUCCUGCGUGAACUCUCGUAUGAUGUCUACUACAGUGAAUACCUCAUGAUGCUCUGCUCUUACUCUCUCGCGCCCCUCCAGGGGCUGCCCGAGGCCUCCCUUGGGGGAGGGUCCACCUCCGUGCAUUUGGGGGUAUCCCCCCCACCGGCCCCUUUUUACCUCACAGGCAGGGAGCGGAGCACGGGGCCUCCCCUGGCUCUGCCUACCUGCCCAGAUACCUUAAGGUGACCUCUGCAAUAAUGCCUCCCGGUUGCAUUUGAUGCUCUUUCUCCCUGCCUGUCCACGCCAGACGCUUCGUCCUUGCAAUUGCUUUGAAACCCUCGCCUCCUCCUUCCCCGUCUUCGUUUCUCGGCUGCUUCCUAAGUGAGAAUCCCUUCUGCCCUCAUAGGCCUUCUAUGCUAGGCUUCGGCAACCCUGCCUUUCUCAGAGCGUGUCCUUCACGCUCCCGUUUUCAUGUUUCGUAUAAGACUUACCUCAGCAAUCGCAUGUGGCCCUGAGUUCCACAGGCCCUGCUUCCUGGUCUUCGUGGUAAAGACAUUGCCUUUCUGAGUUUUUCAGCGUGUGCCUUGCACUGGAAGGGUGCCUGGCCGUCUCCUGAUGGUUUUCAGUAUUUUUAAAUACCUCGGUUGCAUUUCCUGUUACUCUUUUUUUUCCCCCAGAUAUAGUUGCACAUUUUCCUCUUAUGCAAUCCUCAUAUCCCUACCUCAAAACUUAACGAGAAGAAGAAGAAAAAAAUAAAGAGCAUAUUCCACAUUUCAGUUUCUUCAGGAUGCCGUUGGACUUCGACAUAAAGCUAUUCGCUGGCUUAGUUUGCAACUUCGAGCACUUGCUGUCUCUUCUCUGGCCUUCAGCUCGGUCGUUUCUGGCAAACGUUGCGUGCCAGAGAGCGCUCCAGAUCCUAAACCUUCCUCCUCUGGGGUUUGCUUGUCCCCUUCGUCUCACCACCCAACCAAAGAUAGAAUAAUUCAAAAAACAAAAAGGCAGAAGGCUCCUGCCUGCAUCGAAAGACGACUCUUUCUCGUUAGGAAAAAGAAGAAAGUUGCGUUUAUUUCCGCCCUAGCUUCAACACCGAUGCUGGAAGGAUAGCAGCGGUUUGGGUUUUAACCGGCCUGAUCUUCUGCCAGCCAAAUCUCUUUACUGUACAGUAGUAAAAAUGACGUUAAGUGAAAGAAAUCAUACCAGAGAAGGUCGGGGGAAGACCCAAGCGCCAGUCAUCUUUCUUAACAAGAGAGCUGUAAGGUCAAAUAUUCAUAAGUACUACUGAUCUACUCUCCAAUCCCCAGGCAAUACUUUUCCAAAGAUAUAAAAGAGUGGCCCGCAAAUAUUUUUUGGGGGUUUCGUUUGGCUUUUGUGUGGCAUGAUGGGCAGUGAAAAGGAAACUUGUUUUAGUCUUUUGAUGAGGUUGAUCUAAAAGAGGGUCUUUAUCCAUGUAGCUACGGGUGUAGCCUUUUAAAGAAUAGAUGGUAUAAAAUUGUGCCUCGCCAAUCCAAGAAAUGUGUUUGCGGCUUGUAUUUUGCUUAGAGCAGACCUCUGCGAGGGAAGAACUUCUGUUAUGGAAAAUAAAGUGGGUUUCCCCCUCCCCAAUCACGGUGUUUUGGGGUGGUGGUGGUAGGAACAAACAGAAUGAGGGAAAAAUAGAAUAAUAUUUCUCCAUCGUGCGGGGUGGGGUGGGGGGAAACGGGACCGUUGCUGGCCUAUCUAAGCGGCUCUUCAGUUUUGAACCAAAAUGCUCCCAGUUUGGGAGGGAGAAGGAGAGAGGACUUCACAGAUUUUCUCCCUGGAGUAAAAUGAA